AUGCAUGAAUAUUUAUUAAGGGAACAUUAUAAUUUGAAUGAAAACAACAGGGAAAACAAUAUCUUUGAAAAUAUAUUGACAUUGUCAUUAUUUGAAAGAAUUGCUAUUUUUAUUAUAUUUUUUUUAUUAGGAAUAUUAUUUUUGUUUUUAAGUUUAGGUGCAAUUCCUCUGAUAAUAAUAGGAAAUGUAAAAUUAUUUGCUUUUAGAUAUUCUAUGGGUAACAUUUUUUUAUUGUUUAGUUUUUCUUCUCUCUUAACACCUUAUCAGAGAUCUCAAAACAGAAAUGAAGAAUUUUACUUAAAUCAAAAAGCCUUAUUUAUAUCUUAUUUUGUUUGCAUAAUUUUAAAUAUAUUAUCUUGUUUAUAUUUUCAUUCUUCAUUAUUAAUUAUUGUUUUUAUUAUAUUACAAUUUUUUAUAUCUAUCCUUUAUAUUAUUAAUAGAUUUCCAUGGAUAAGAAAUGUUUUAUCAUUUACAACAGUUCCAAUAACAACAUAA